UCUAUAGUACCUGGCUGUGGUCAAGGAAAUAAAAUCAGAUUGAUCUGAUAAUAACAUUUUGAGAAAAAAUAAAUCGGAAUGACCAGGAUAUUUAGUAAGGAGUGAAAAUAAUAAUUCCAGCCAAGCAUUUGCAUAGAGAGAGCAAUAAAGAAUAAUAUGUUCCAUUGAUUCAAUUAUUCUUCUACUUCACAGAAGAGUAUCUGUUCAAAGGGGAUUUUUUUUGGUAUCUUCAUUAAGUGACAGCUGUUUUGUGUGCAUUAAAAGUGGCUAAGGAUAAGGCCCAUUGGAAUGUUAGGAUUGUUAUGUGACUGAGAUAUCUACCUGAUUGGAAAUGUGCAGAAUGGCUUAACAUGUUUCUGGGCAGAUGUGGGAUUCACUUACCUUCCCUACUGGUUUGCAAAUGUGAGCGUACAUACGCCAUCUUCUGCGCAUGCUUGGCCUUCCAUGCAUGCUCUUUGCUUGCACACUUGCCAGUGGUGGGUUGCUACCAGUUCGCCCUGGAUUGGGCGAACCGGCGGUAGCAGGAGGCUCUGUCCACCGGCCCGGAUGCUUCUGCGCAUGCAGAACAUAGUAGGACAUCAUUACAUCUAGUUUGGGGGGGGGACCUACCGCAAUUGCCGCUACUGAUUUGCCUGAACCAGACCAAACCGGCUGAAUCUCACCACUAUUUUGGGUAGAGAUAGAAAGUCUGCUUGCAGCUCUACAUAAGUGGCUCACUGUUUGAGAUCAAGAAGCGUACAUUCAUAGACUAUCAAGGUGAUGGCUGGCCAUGAAUAACCAUAGAGUUGCAAUUUGGCAUGUAUUGCCUGGUUCCAGAAACAUUGGAAGCUGUCAUGGGGCCACACCAACUGGAAAGAAAGAGAUCUAGUAAGAGAAGAUGUAAAUCCAUGUAGAAGUUUCAAUUUUAAGGAGGCUAGCUUCAUGGCGAAGGACCAGGUUCAAGCAAGGUUCAAGAAAGAUGCUUCUCAAAAACCUGGACUGAACUCUAGGGACUGAACUGAGGAACAAAAAGGAGGUGGGCUCAGAUCUUAACUGAGAAGACUUUAAUUGCUGCAGGUUUACAGUUACCAAUAGCUUGCAAUACAACUCCCAGAUAUUUAAAGGUCUUGACUUGCUCUAUUAGGUGGUUAUUUCGAUGCCAGAUAUUCCUCUCAUGGUAUAUCUUAGCAAGGUGAUGACAUUCCACAAUUCUUAGAAUGAGUAGUAGAGAUUAGUUGGUUCCAUGACUAUAUCAUGGCUCGCUUCUUCUUUGCCUGUAAUACUUGUUUACAUUUCCUCUUAAAUAAGAGCAGGUCUUUAGCUGAAUAGGAGAGAGAAUCCUUUUUGUAUUUCUUAAAGCAGGAAAUUAGUUGUUUCUUGGCUGGCUGGCAAUUUCUAUUGAAUCGGGAUUGGUUAAAGGAGCUCUGAUUUCUAUUAGUGCCAGAUGGAUGGAUAGAGAGAAUUGGCUGGAGAAGCUGAACUAGCUGAAUAGCAAAGUCUGUUCAGGGGACUUGUCAUCCAAAAUAGCUACAGUAUAUGUAGGUGAAGUGCCUCAUUGGCAGAGAACAUUUGGGUUACUUUGUUUUUCAUCUGACCUGUCCAUUUUAUUCUUAUUUGUCCCUUGGGAAUAGUUUUGGAUGGAAUAGGUUAGGUUUGCAAAAAAGGGCCAACAAAGGGCUUCAGAGUCAACCUGUUAGGACAGCCAUCACUCUCAGAACAGUUGUCAAUAUGGAGUUGGAAAACUGAAGAAGAUAAAUUUCUUGAUAUGGCAGUAUAGUCAAUCAGGGAGGACCUUGUGCCUGCCCAAUGUGAGAAUUCUUCUAGGUAGUUGGUAUUGUUGUGGUCUGCCAGCAGCUGCAGAGCUGGCAGCAGAGUCGGACAGCGAUGAGGCUGAGGAAGAACAUGGGCCAGUCCCGGAGGCUGGGGAAGGCCUGGAUGAUGGCUCUGUGUCGGAGGCAGAGAUGGGGCCAGGGCCAUCGAGGAAUGAUGUGCGGACUUCGGAGCCUCCAGAGGCUGACAGUAGAGAGGCAGAGGAACAGGAGGAGCCUGUUCCUAGUGCAUGUAUAAGAAGACCUGCCAGAAGGCAGGAGCAGCUAAAGCAGAGAAGACGACUCGGGAGGAGGGCCAAGAGAUGAUUGGCCCCUCCCAUAAGGCUUAAAAGAUCAGCAACGGCUCUUGGCCUCUUUGCCGGAAAACAACAAUUGGGAGAAUUGCUUCUUGUUUAGCUGUAGUUAUUUCUUCUAUUCCUGAACUGUCUUUGGCAGUUUGCCUAAUUAUCCCAAGGUCAGAGAUAAAUUAAAGACUGCUGUUUUAAGGGCUUUGUUUUCAUUUCAUUUAGAAUACGCUGGGAAUGAGUUAAUUCUCAGCUGUUUUAAUAAAAUCUGUUUGUUUUUUGGAACUGUUUUGCAUUUAAUAUCAACUACAUGGGCCUGGGUCACAACAGGUAUUAGUGGUGCCAUGCAGAAUUUGCAAAUCAAUUCAUAAAAUGUUUGUAACAUUUGUAAGCCCCGUCUUCAGUGCAGUUUUUAGAUUCUCUAAUUAAGAGUGAAGGGGAGGGAGGGACACAGUCUACAAAUUAGGUGAAAUUUUGAAAAAAAAAAUGGCAAAAGGUGAUUAUCAUUUGGGUCUAGUUUGGCACUGCAGUGAUGAUGUGAGCAAUAGUGUAAUUGAAUAGCACUGAUGUAAUUUUCCACUUUUCCCCAAAUUUCCACCAUACAUGAUUGAAGAUGUUGGAAAGUAUGUAGAAAUUAAUGGGAAGCAAUUUCCAGAAAAGAUUAGAAUAGCUGUCUGUGCAAGGCUCUCAGAUGACUCUAAAAUAACAUAAUCUUAGUGUUUAGAGUGGCUGAAAUAUGAAUGCUCAGAUCAGCAUGAAGUUUCACCCCUCUUGAUGCCAGGUUCUGCUGAGAGGGAUCAUGAUUUAUAUCCCUCAAAAAAAGAGAGCAUUUGUUGACCACGUCUCUUGGAACAUAAGGAUGUUCAAUUGGCAUACAUAGCUUAUAAAAGGUCUCUUAUUUCUGGCUUCCCGUCCAGCACUGUUCCAAGAGAGCAAGGAUAGCAUUUCUGGUGCAGAAUUUCCUUGCUUGCUGUCAUAGGGGGUGACUGGGGAUGUACUGAGGUCUAUGAAUGAAUGAUACGGCUCAUGCAGUCACUCUAAAGAUGAAAUGAAACCCAAAGUUCCUUCAGUAUGUGUUCCUUCAGACACAUUGGUUGUAAUUUGGGCUGCUUUUGCCAUUCUAAUGCUGCUGUAUAGAGUCAGAUAACGUUUGUACUUGGUAAUCAUUAGCAAAUGAUUGCUUCAUGUCAAUAUAAUUUGUCAGGGAUAUACUUUAAAAGCUGACCAGCUGCUGUGAUGCUGUAAUGCUGUAAUGAUAGUAGGAAUGAAUCAGCAGGAUUAUUUGACUGUUAGCACUUUAAGAGGCUGUAUUAUAAGUGAGGCCCUGUGAGGGUGUAUCUGUGUGUGUGUGUGUGCUUCCAUGCUGUAAACUGCUGAUUGAUUGUUUGACCUUUUCCUAGUGUUGUUGUUAGUUGCAAAGUCAUGUAUGACCCAUCCCGACCCCAUGGACAACUUUCCUACAGGCUGUCCUCUACUAUUCCCCAGAGACCAUUUAAGCUCAUGCUGACUGCUUCAGUGAUUCCAUCCAGCCACCUCAUUCUCUGCUGUCCCCUUCUCCUUUUGCCCUCAAUCGUUCCCAGGAUUAGGCUCUUCUCCAGUGACUCCUUCCUUCUCAUUAAGUGGCCAAAGUAUUUCAGUUUCAUCUUUAGGAUCUGGCCUUCUAAAGAGCAGUCAGGGUUGAUCUCCUCUAGGACUGACCAGUUUGAUUGCCCUGCAGUCCAAGGGACUCGCAGGAGUCUUCUCCAGCACCAUAGUUCAAAGACCUCAAUUCUUUGACGCUUAGCCUUCCUUAUGGUCCAACUUUCACAGCCAUACAUUGCAACUGGGAAAACUAUACCCUUGACUAUUCGCACUUUUGUUGGCAGGGUGAUGUCUCUGCUUUUUAGUAUGCUGUCUAGACUUGCCAUAGCUUUCCUCCCCAGGAGCAAGUGUCUUUUAAUUUCUUGGCUGCAGUCCCCAUGUGCGGUGAUCUUGGAGCCCAGGAAAAUAAAAUCUGUCACUACCUCAAUUUCUUCCCCAUCUAUUUGCCAGGAAUUGAGAGGGCCGGGAGCCAUGAUCUUAGUUUUCUUAAUGUUGAGUUUCAAGCCAACUUUUGCACUCUCCUUCUUUACCCCCCGCAUCAGAAGGUGCUUUAGUUCCUCUUCACUUUCUGCCAUUAGAGUGGUAUUAUCUGCAUAUCAUCAUAAUUUGCCUAGUACAUAUAUGUAUAUUCUUUUGUAGAGAUAAACCACUAUUUAUUAUUACAAACAUCUGCGUGAUGUAUUUGUUUCUGGGUAAUCUUAUAUAGUCACAUUGUGCGCACUCUGACAUAAUUCAUUGGAGUGGUUGGUUCUGUCCCAACAAUGUUCUUCCUGCCAUUGUCAUGAUUUCAUGUGAUUCCUGGGGCAAAAGUUUGCCUGGAAAAUUAGAAUGUGUAGCAGUUAUUGGGUAUGUUAAACUGCAAAAACCCAUGUCAUGUUCUUGGUGCCGCCACCACCUGACUCAGGUUGUAGUUCCCAGAGAUUUAGGCAAUCAAAACCUUCCUGUUAACUGUCAGCAGCAUCCAGCUUUUUAUUCUGUGAAGUUUCUACCGUAGAUGUUGUGCUACUUCAAUAGGGGGCAGGGUAGAAGGAUUUGGACCUGCUCCAGGAGCCCUAUGUUGAUAUCUGCCUAUCUAGAUUCCAUAGGACAGAGGAGGGGACCAACAGGUCUUCUCUCAUAGUGAUGGCAACUGUCUUGAGUAGUUGGUAAAACCAGAUCAAUAAGAGGUCUGGCUAUUUUGUUUAUUGCUGCUGAAUUUCUCUAAAAUCAUCCAGCCUUUUAAUAUCAGUGUUUUCCAAAUCUGGCAUGGCACUAAAAGAGUUAAUAAGAUUUUUUUCCCCAGAAAGUCGCCUGUGCACUGUCUUGCUUUAGAUAAAGAAGACUUUUUGCGUGGGCAGCCAUCUCUCAGGACAGAAUUGGUAAAGUGUCCUUGAGAUUAAAUGAAGUUGAGUGGUCACAUUUAUUCUUUAAAGUGGUAAUACUCUCAUGGCCAGAUUGGUUUAGGAGUGGGAUGAGUUCCUCUGAGCAGAAAACACAUUGUAGAAGAUUGGAAACAAAGCCGAAAAGUCUUCAUUUUAAACAACAUACUGGGAACCCAGCAAAGGGAGUGUAUACAUUGGGGGAUGCAUCACGUUGGAAACUAAAGUACUGAAGAAGAUGAAAAGGUGUUUUGAAGGUAUCGGGCUGCAAUGCUUUCUUAAGGAUGGGCCAAUGGCGGCCACACAAAGCCAAAAGUACCUCCUGGUCUUUGACUUUGAUGAGACCAUUGUAAAUGAGAAUAGUGAUGAUUCUGUCGUCCAGGCUGCUCCUGAGAAAAAGCUGCCAGAGUCCAUACGCCAAACCUUCCGGGAAGGCUUCUACAAUGAGUACAUGCAGCGGGUUUUGAAAUAUCUGGGUGAUCAAGGGGUAAAGAUGGCCGACUUCAAAGCAGUCUAUGAAAAGAUUCCCUUCUCCCCUGGCAUGCAGGAGCUCUUCCAGUUCCUCUCUAAGCACCAGAACCGCUUUGAGAUUAUCCUCAUCUCUGAUGCCAACAUGUUCGGCAUUGAAAGUUCUUUGAAGGCCGCAGGGGUUUACUCCCUCUUCCGUAAAAUAUUCAGUAACCCUUCUAGUUUUGACAAGACAGGUUACUUCAUCUUGGGCCCUUACCAUUCACACAAUUGCCCACGGUGCCCUUCAAAUAUGUGCAAACAGAAGAUCCUGACUGAAUACCUGGAAGAAAGAGCUCGGGAGGGAAACAAAUUUGAGAGAAUCUUCUAUGUGGGAGAUGGAGCCAAUGACUUCUGCCCUUCCAUGGCAAUGAAGUCCAGUGAUGUUGCCUUCCCAAGGAAGGGCUAUCCCAUGCAUCAGCUCAUCCAGGAAAUAGAGAAAAAUCAACAUGGGGCUUACCGGGCUACUGUAGUCCCUUGGGUCUCUGCCAUAGAGGUUUGUUCCCACCUUCAAGAAGUUCUCAAGGAAACAUCCUGAGGGAAAGACUUGGCAGAAGCAGCAAUUCUCCUUGAUUUACUUGGCAUACAGCGUGGAAAGAUCUCACAAUUAACCUUGCACUGCCUCAUGCUUGGCUUCUGCUCUGUUUCCCCCUCCCCCUCCCUUUCUCUCAUUGUGCACAGUCUCUCUCUGGAUCUCCCCUUCUUUUGAUCUCGAGAUAAGGGCUCUCUAUGCAGUUUGGCAGUCCAUUCCAGGAAGGGUGGGUGGGUGCCUGCCGCCUCAUAUGCUUUGCUUGCCUAUGAAGAAAAUGCUGCUGCAUUUCUUAAAAAUUGCUUAUCCAUUUUGGGGAUACAGAAAAGGCUUAUCUCUGCUACCAAAGCAUAUAGAAGCAGUUAUGGGUCCUGCCUCAUUGAAGAUGACAAUAAAAUCAUCUGCUGUAGAUCUAAAUGGGGCAGAAUUAUGUGUCUGCUAGAUCAGGUUUUGCUUAAUCUAUGAUUUACCUACUCAGCCAGGUUCGGCUGAGUUCAAAGACUAUUAAGCCAUAAAUCACAGUUCACAAACCACAGUGGCUGAAUUCACACAUCAAAACAAAGGAAGUAUUGUGUAAUGUAAAAUAAACUGUUAUCUGUAUCUUUGAAAACUAUGCCCAAAAGGGGAAAAAAUGCUACAAGAUAAUUUCAAUGUAUCGUUGUUGCUGGGUAGGACAUAAUCAUCUAAUUGAGCCCAAAAUAUUGAUUUCUUUAAGGGCUCAUUUUAUUGCUGAGAUCAAUGCUCAAUGGGUAUACUUCCUCAACUUGCUACUCUCAAAAUGUUUGGCUUCCAUCAUUCUCAGUCAACAUAGCCAAUAACUAGGGAUUUCAAGAGCUAAGCAUGGGCUGGACAUUGCAGUUCCUUUAUAAGGUGCCAGAUUGGCAUGGCGACUUUUAGCCAAGCAAAUUGUAAGAGAAAACAAGAGAAAACUCUUGCCAUAGGAGCAUGUUGAUCAGUCACCUAGAACACAGGUCCCCGACCCUCAGCUGCAGCCUACUACCAGGCCUUGAGCCUUUCAGAACUGGGCUGCGGAAGUAGUGGGUGAGUAUGGAAUCCUCCCCUCUCCCUCUCCCCCCACUGCCACUCAGCAAAGCUGAAAAGGUUGGGGAACUCUGAUCUAGAAGAGCCUCAAGGAAGCAUAUGAGCUCUUCCAAAAGAAACUGCUACCUAAAUGAGGCAUGUGGUACUGCCUAUUUGAUGUAUAGAAGCAAGAAAACGAAGUUCCUCGAGGGAGGAAUUCUGGGAGUUAAAGUUCACAAGUUGCAAAGUUGCUAAGGUUGGAGACCCCUGAUGUAGGGAACAUGUUAAAAACAAUUAUUGCUGAUGAUAAUCGAUGUACAGCAUGGCCCCUCAAAUGUUGCUAUGCUACACCUUGUAAUGGGCUUGUUAAUUGGGGUUAUUUGUAGUUAUAAUUCAGCAGUAACUGGAUAACCACAAUUCCUGGCCCCUGACUUUAGAAAUGUAGAAAGUACGAGACUACAAGUAACUACAUGAAAAAAUCUGCUAUUUCUGUAUGUAUUUCCCAUUCAUCCAUAAUUAUCCUGUCAUUUCAGAUCUAACUUUGGACUUUUUUUCUCUGUUCUAUUCAAAUAAUACUGCAUAUACUCCCUGAUAAAUUGGAGGCAGAGGGAUAAAGAGAAAUGGUCUUAUGGAGAAAAUAAUUCAUACACUUUCCAGCUUGCUAACAAGAUGUCCAGGCUGAAUGAUGGUGCUGCAUCAUGGCUUUCUAAAAAUGAUUCAGGGAGCUUUAUAAGAGUGAAUAUGCUAACUAUGCUAAACUCUAUAUUUUAUGUUUUGCUCAGGAAAAGGAAUACAAUCAAUAUGAGAUUAGUGACAUUACGGAGCUAUGGGAUCAAGAUUAGAAAGAGAAAUCAGUGGAACAUGUUCAUCCAGACAUAACACUGCCACAACAGAUACACAAUAAUUAUGCACUAAAUUUCAACAGUUGACACAACCAUAAGACACCUAGAUUAUGCCUUUUCUCUGUGCAGCACUGAAACAGGUUUCCAUUGAAUUUGUUACUGUAGAUACACAUGUAUUGCUGCCAGAAUAAUUUCCAUUUAUUAAAAUUGAGCAUUUGACUUUUCUCUCCCAAGGUGUUGUACCCCAAAACUCCAGCAUGGACUUCUUCUUGGCUUGAAAUGUACUUGCCAUCUCGGAUUCCAUAACCAAACCAGCAGACUGCCCAUAUCUUCUUUUAAAAUGUUUAUUUGUAAUCCUCUCUUGGUCUGUAUUCUCUGCAAAUAUCCCAUAUUCUUUUGUGUUGUACUCCCUUCUGCUUGUUAUUUUUGGAAUUUAAAGCCAUGGCAACUCUUUUAUAAGCACACACACACAUCAUACAAAAAAUACCUAGCAAAUAUUUAAAUGUUAAGUUAUCUUUUGUAUACUCAGCUGAUACAAAUUGCUUAUAAAGUAUAUUCAAAUAUCUAUUUCAUGA